AUGGUUUGUAUGAGUGGUGUGUCUGUGGAUGAGGUGAUCGGCAAAGCGGUGCGAUGUCUGCGAGCGAUGCAAUACAGCGCCAGUUGUGGUCACUUCUGUGUGGCCUUCAAAGUGUCACUUAAUUGUUCAUCACAUGAAAGACACCAUCGGUUGACACUCAGAUGGAGACCCACUUUCCUCUACGCCUUCGACAGACAUAUCCAUCACUUGGAGACCAUCGCAGACAAUGAGACCAUCAUUCAGGCCUUCGACGAAGCCAUUGAAGCGCUUCCCGAUUGCGAAGACAUUCACUAUAAUAAAGGCAUCUAUUAUUACAAAAAGGGAUUUCUAUCGGAAGCGGUCGAGUGUUUCGUGUCGUCGCUGGCCGUCAAUCCUGACUACCAUUUGUCUCACUUAUGUCUGGAGAACAUCAAGUCUUCGUCUAUCGCUCGAUGGCAUUACAUAAUGAUUAAUGACAUUAAGAGGAAUACUGUCUUCAGGACAGCCAUUCGCAGAGCUGUCGAAAGCGGUUAUAAUACUGUGUUAGACAUCGGCGCCGGUUCUGGACUCUUGAGUCUAUAUUCGGUGGAAUCGGGCGCUCAUAAGGUCUACUCGUGUGAAGUUUCCGAUAUGUUAUACCAUUUAUGUCGAGAUGUGUUGCAAAUUAAUGGUGUUAUCGAUAAAGUGACGCUUUUCAACAACAUGUCCACUAAUUUACGUAUUCCUCAGAUGAUUGAAAAGCCAGUACGUCUUGUGGUGACCGAAAUAUUUGACGCGGCGUUGUUUGGCGAACACGUCUUAACCACCAUUUACUCAGCGCUUAAGAAUUUGUUGGAUCCGAAGCACGGAAUGGUUAUCCCAAACAAAGCCACUGUUUAUGGCAUUCUCAUCGAAAGUGAAGAAUUGCGAGAUCUCUUUACUCUUAACCGAAAACAAUUCGGAGAUAUAUGUGUUUCCGAAGACGUGUCCAUUUGUGUUGACUUUAAUGAUAUGAAAUAUACGACAAUUAAUUUGUCAAAAGUUGCCGAUAAAAAGUAUUUGAGUCAACGUUUUCAAGACCACAAGUUUAGUAUUGAUAUUGAAUGCAUAACUGAAGGAAGACUCGAUGCGAUCGGCAUUUGGUUUGAUUUAAACCUGUUUGAAGACAUCCACAUAUCAACAGAACCUCCAUCUGAAUUGAUAGGUUGGGAACAGGCUAUAUACCCGUCCACCACUACACCCGUCACUAUUAACAAUAGAUCACAUAUUAGAUUAAAGUCAAAGAAAGUAGAUUUACUAAACUUUGAUGAUCUGAUCUCAUCGGACAGCCAUAUGAUGACAAACUCUUUAGUUCUCAUCGACUUUAUUGAAUCUUCGGGUUUAAUGAGAAGCAAUAUUUUAGAAAAAUCCAGACUUAUUAGUGAUGACAAUGUCCACGGAUUCUGUAUUAAGAAUUUGCUCAACAUCUUUGAGUGUUAA